AUGGAGAACAAUCUCGAAGUUGUCAAAGGCGCUGAUCAACUGGAUAUGCCUGCUGGGUUUCGAUUUCAUCCUACAGACGAAGAAUUAAUUACUCAUUAUUUAUCGAACAAAGUUGUUGAUAGUAAUUUCUCUGCUAUAGCUAUUGGAGAGGUGGAUAUGAACAAAAUUGAGCCAUGGGAAUUGCCAUGGAAAGCGAAAAUCGGAGAAAACGAAUGGUACUUUUUCUGUGUGAGGGACAAGAAAUAUCCCACUGGUUUGCGGACAAACAGAGCUACUUCUGCAGGAUACUGGAAAGCCACAGGAAAGGAUAGAGAAAUUUUCCGAGGGAAAACUCUAGUUGGAAUGAAGAAAACGUUGGUUUUUUACAAGGGAAGAGCCCCCAAAGGUGAAAAAUCAAAUUGGGUUGCCCAUGAGUACAGAUUGGCAGAAAAAUUCCCUCUUCAUAACCUGCCAAAAUCAGCGAAGAAUGACUGGGUUAUUUGUAGGGUAUUUCACAAGACAACCGGUGGAAAUAAAGUACACAUUUCUGGCCUAAUGAAAAUGAAUUCUGUUGAAAACGAGUUUUCGCCCCCAACAUUGCCACCACUAAUGGAUUCUUCGACGUAUAAUUGUACAGUGAAUCCCGAUGAAUCAAAAUCCAGUCACGUGCACUGCUUCUCCAAUCCGAGCCAAGAAGAACUACCUACUUCUUUCAGCAACUCCAUUUUCCAUUCGACUUCAAAUCCUCUUGGAACUUUUCCUCCUACUUCAGUUCCUAACGCAUUUCCAUGGAAACAAUUUUCUCCUAUUCAGUUCGCAGAUUCAUUUCCAAUGCAAGAUUCCUCAUUUCUUCGAACAGUUCUGGCAAAUUCUGGUCCAAACAUGAAUCAAAACUUCAUAAAUUACAAGGAAAUGGUGUCUAUCUCCGAAGAAGAAACUGCUUUAAGCACUGAUGUGAACACUGAAAACUCCUCUAUUGUGUCCAAUUAUGAAGAAAAAGCUGCUCCAUCAACUUCAAGAGGACCAGAUUAUCUGAAUCCCUUUUGGGCUUAG